GCCCAAAGGAAAUAAUUUGAAUUCCGAGUGAAGGAUAAGAUAGUGUCAAAAUGCUGAUCUAAUCUAUUCACUUUCAUUACUGGACCACGAUGUUCACAUUGUACGGAUGGUUCGUCUGCCUAUGGAUAACGAUAAUACCAUUCCAGUACGGGUACCACAUCUCAGUACUGAACCAACUGCAUGUCGUGAUAACUUGUUCGCCCCCCCACUCCAAAUUAUUGCCGUCCUCGUUGCCAACAUGCCUUCCAAUGACAGAAUUCACCUUCAGCGCGGUCACCGCGUCAUUCACGCUAGGCGGGCUCCUUGGGAGCCUGUUUGCAAACAUCCUCACCGACAAGUACGGCCGUAAAUUUGCGGCCAACACUAGUGGGGCAGUAAUGGCGUUGGGCACGGCUAUUAUGGGACUUGCUGCGGGAGUGCCUGCGCUUUUCAUAGGACGGUUGUUCGUUGGCGUCAGCGCAGGCCUUGGGCUCUGUGUCGCGCCGGUAUACAUCGCAGAGAUAGCGCCCGUAAAGAUCAAGGGUACACUGGGUGUGCUCAUACAGCUUGGGAUCGUGCUGGGCAUAUUCGUCACGCAGCUACUUGGGCUAAAUUUGGCGACGCCGACGACGUGGAGGUACGUCUUUGGAUUCUCAUUUGCAGUUGCCGUGGCGCAGGUCGUGUUGAGCAGCGGGAUUGUGGAGAGUCCACGUUGGCUGGGUGCAAGGGGCCGGCAUGAUUCCGAGACAGCUGCGGAGACGAGGUUGUGGCGUGUAGAGGCGGCGGGAGAAGACAGGGAAGCGCUCCUUAGCGAGGCGCCAGAUGAUGCAGAGGAAAGGCGGGCCAAGGCACAGACGCCGCCUAUCGCGGUGCCGAGCGUAUUGUUGCGAACGCCUGACGACUUACGUUUGCCGUUGCUCGUUGUCUCGUCGGCAAUGCUCGCGCAGCAGGUGUCAGGUAUCAAUGCGGUCCUCUACUACUCCAACGAUAUCCUGUCGAGCACUCUCCCCGACCUUGGCCCGUACAUUAGCCUCGGCAUUACUAUUGUUAAUGUCCUCAUGACGUUCCCACCUAUCGUUCUGAUUGAGCGAUGGGGCCGCAAACGUCUUCUCCUUCUGUCCACUCUUGGCGCUCUUCUCUCCCUCAUUACAGUCGGCGUAUCUCUAAAUUAUUCCUGGAAGACACCUGCUUCAGUCGCCAUCAUCACAUUCGUCAUGUCUUUCGCUAUUGGACUCGGGCCUAUUCCAUUUGUUAUAAUUCCAGAGGUAUCACCGUUCUAUGCCGUUUCUGCACUCUCGUCCAUAGCACUUUCUCUUAACUGGAUUGCGAACUUCUUGGUCGGUCUUGCUUUCCUACCUCUUCGCAGAUUUUUGAGUGGCGGCGAAGAGAGUAAGCAAGGCAGGGUCUUUUGGGUUUUUGCUGCUGUCCUUGCAGCUACAAUGAUCGUCGUAGCUAAUGGCUAUAAAGGAAGAUAGUAUACAGCAUAGAAAUCG